GACAAAUAUAUCAGCCAAAGAUCAAUUACUAUUGAAUGCAAAGGAACUAAAUGCCGUCUUUCUCUACCACGCCGAUAUACAUCACCGGGUUCAUCAUCAUUGUGGACCUUGUCUCUACGGCCCCCACGAGGCUGAGCACAACAUCAUCCUUCCUGUAGAUCCUAUAGACGCUGAGUCACUUGAAACAACCCCAACAGCUUCAACCUCUAGACAAUCCACAUUGUAAACGAAGAACCAAGACCAGGAAAAUGAAUCUGUCAUCCCUCCCCCACGAACUCAUCAUUACCAUCAUCAACCAUAUACACACCUCACCCACCCUCGUCUCCCUCGCCCAAACAAACCACUUCUUCAACCGCCUCGCAACCCCUAGUCUCUACACCUCCCCUCACAUACCCGCCCCGGGGUUCAAACACUUCCUAUCCACCAUCAAAGCGAACAAUCACGAACCCACGAUCCGACACCUCUCCAUCCGGAAUAUAUGGGGCCACACAACAGGUCACAAUGUCGGCGAUAGCCUCUCGCGCCUCGCUAACCUCGAGGCGCUGUACCUGCACGGCACUGAGAAAUUCGACUGGACGUGGCACGAUAUCGAUGACACAGAGUCAAUCGCGAGUCUGUUUCUUCGGAUGACCCUCUCUACGCCGGUCGAGGAUCGUGUCAUGUCGGCUUUGAGAUCCUGUGGGUUCGGCACUAGCCCGCCCAGCCCUUGAGUAACGUAUACAAUGUUAACCAGGGGAUAGUGACGUUGAACCUGCGGGAAGAAUCCGGCCAGCCAUGGCAUCUCAGCUCCACGGUGUUCUACAUCCCGCAGUUAACAGAGCUGACGGUGCACAGCGUGCAAUGGAGCGAGGAGGAUC